CUCGCAGACGCAGGCAACUUUUGGUGACUCCAGUUACAAUCAUGUCCACGCCGUGGAGAUCGUUCAUUGAACGCUCAGCCCGUGUGCUUCGGGACAAUUCGGCAAGUGUUAUCAGCAUGUCGGGAGCUUUCCGGUCUGGAGAACCCAAACUUUUGUUUAGGUAUCGUUCUCCACAAGAGAUAGGUCAGCAUGUUACUGGGUGUGAUUCAGACCUUGGCGGUUCUUCGACUGCAAUGCUCGAUAUCUCGCCGGAAGAUGGGAGAGGGAGGUUCUCUGGAGUUGUAAGCACGAACGUGCCGAGACUGAAAGAUGGGUCGGUUGUCGGUGGAUAUGCUGGCUUCCGAAAUAGAGCUCGGACUUCAUUAUUUGGGGCCAUUACUGAUGACCUCGAGCUCCACAACUACCUUGCCCUGCGUGUAAGGGCAGCCGGAGACCCUCGAACGCGGACCGCAUAUUUUGUGAAUGUUCAAACCGAAGGUCCGGAUCCUCCAGACUUGUGGCAGCAUCGCUUGUACCUCAAUAAAGAAGAUCAAUCACCCAACGGCGUAUGGGAGACAGUUUUGAUACCGUUCAACUCGUUUGAACUCGCCAGUGUGGAUGAUGCGCCGAGCGGGCAGAACAUGUCUCGUCAUAGGAUACGGUCCAUUGGCAUUUCGGUCUUGGGUGGUAGGGCAAAAAUUUCAGGGACCUAUGAGCUAGGAAUCGACUAUAUCGCGGCUAUUAACGAGCCUGAGGAUGCUUCCCGCCUUGAUGCACUUGCGGAUGGUGGUGAGCCUUCGGGGGCCUCAUGACACCCAUAUAUCGCUCCCUUGUUCCACGCUCAAAGCAGUCACUCCCAGCACUACUCGAGCCGUAUUUGAAGUGUCCACUCCUGUGUAAUAUGGCGUGAGCCUCUCAACAUGCAACCAUGCUAGUCUUCUGUAUCAGAAUAAAAUUGUCAGACUCGUCUAGAAUUAUUU